AUGGCACAGCUGUUUCUUUUGUUCAUGUCAUUUUCCAUAGCAGUGGAGGCACUUCAUGCAUUCAUACAAGAAGAGUCCGAGCACAAGCAUUAUUUGAUUGUUUCAGCGGUGACAAAUUUACUGAUUAAUCUUAUUGGUGUUUGGUUCUUUAGGAACUAUGCUCGCAUUAGUCUUGUCUACAGAAAAGCAGAAGACAUGAAUUACCACUCAGUUUGCUUGCAUGUUCUUGCUGAUUCCAUUCGUAGUGCAGGUUUGAUAUUGGCAUCCUGGUUUUUGUCCCUCGGGGUUGACAAUGCUGAAGUCUUAUGUUUGGGGCUAGUUUCAGUUGCAGGUUUUAUGCUUGUUAUGCCACUGUUUAAAUCUACUGCUAGCAUCUUGCUUCAAAUGGCACCACCAAGUAUUCCUUCUUCAGCAUUAAGCAAAUGCCUAAGACAGGUAAGGUCCAGAAAGGAUAUUAGUAAAAUUUCUCAAGCUCGAUUUUGGGAAUUAGUGCCCGGUCAUGUUGUUGGUUCACCUUCAGUUCAGGUGAAGAAGGGGAUGGAUGAUCGACCAACAUUACAGUUUUUGCAUGGUUUGUAUCAUGAUAUGGGCAUACAGGAUCUUACAGUGCAGACUGAUUAUUAUUAA